AUGCUUCGCGUCUGUGCUCUCGCCUCCCUCGCCCUCCGUGCUCGCCCCGCUCCUCUUCGCCACGCAGUUCGCAGAGGGCCACCGCAACUCAGACAUGCAUCACCCGCCACCACCAUCAAUGUCCGGCGAAACCACACCGAUGCGACAGGCCACACGAAGCUCUGUCCAUCGUGCUCUGCGCCGCUGCCCACUGCGUUGCCUGUCUGCUCGAAGUGCCAGUAUAUUGAACCCAUACCUCAAUCAAUGACAUAUCAUGAGAUGUUGGGUACCCCCUACGAGCCAAACCCAUUCGUUGUCGAUGUGUCGCAGUUGAAGCAACAGUUGAGAGCUGUCCAGGCAGUCGUCCAUCCAGACAGAUGGGUGUCAAGACCUUCAGACCAGCAAGCAAUCGCAGCUGCGAUGUCUUCUCGUGUUAACGAAGCCCUGCAUCGGCUGUCUAGCCCGCUGCGAAGAGCCGAAUACAUCCUCGCUUGCGAAGGUCAUGCCGGCGAGGAGACCGACAAACUAGACGACAUGGAGCUCCUGAUGGAAGUCAUGGAGGCCCGUGAGGGCCUUGCGAACGCCCAGUCUCCGGAAGAUGUUGCUGAGAUCAGAGAACAGAACGAUGCCAAAAUUCAAGAGGUUCUGCAGGAGAUCGAGAGUGUUGUAGCAGCAAAGGAUUGGCCUGCGCUUCGUACGGCGGCUGUUAAACUAAAGUAUCUCCAGGGCAUCGAGUCGGCUGCGGCAGCAUGGCCUGAGGUGGCCCACGACCACUAGACGGGUCAUCGUUGUACUUAGUAGACUAUUUGGCAUUUAUUACCGUACACGCG